AUGGAUUAAAUAAUUGAAUUAAUAUAAUGGUCAGCCUAGCCAGAUAAUCAGAUUUAAAAAUAAGUCUAUAAAAGAGCUUAGGAAUUGAGUUAAGACACUUAAUUUUUAAUUCAUUUGUGUUCUGUUAUAAUUGGAAAUUAUGAUGCAGAAAUUAGAUAUAGGGCUGCAGUGAUAUUGAAAAGUGCCGUUAAAAAUUGCACGAGUUUGCCUGAAACAUUAUAGUAGAUGCUUGUUUAAGUGGAUUUAAGUAUUUAAAUAAUGCGGCAAGCAUUUGUUAUCAUAGUACCUGAAGUUGUAGUAAGAAAUGGAAUAAAAAGUAAGCAGCAUCAAAUUAAUCUUAGAUAGCAAUAUAAUGAUGGAAUAUUUAAUCAAAUUGAUUGAUGCUGAUCCAGUAAUAGCAACUGAUUGUUUAUCCAAAAUAAUAGAAGACUUAAAAUUCAAUUCUGAAAAUAUCAAUUACUAUGGAACAGAUACAGGAUUGUAAUUGAUAGAUCAAUUAAUUUUUAAAUUUAUAUCCUUAGUUGAGCAUACUAAUACCUAAGUGGUCGUAAAUUCUUUAAAUUUUUUAAAUUACAAUAUUUUCUUUAUGCCCCCUUCACUUAGCCAAUAUAUUGAUUGUUACAUUAAUAUUUUGAUUACUGGCACACGAUCAUAGGAAUAGUAAAUAAGAUUAAAGUGUUUUUAAGGUAUUUAAGCUUUAAUAGAAACAAAAAGAGAUAAAAUAAAAUAGAUGAAUUUAGUUAUUAUGGCAUGUGUUUAAUCAUUAUAAGAUCCAGACAAAGAAGUUGUUCGAUUUGUUGAAUUAUGUUUAACUGACUUUUUGAGAAUUGAUGAUGCAGAAGAUUACGAAUAAACUCACUUGCUUGAACCCUAUCUAUAAUAAAUUUUGCAACCUACUAUUCUGAAUUUAGCAAUCACUAGGGCAGAUCAAAUAGCCAUUUAACCAACAUUUUCUAAUAGUUACAAUUAAAGUGGAAAAAAUGAUGAUGAAGAAUAAGACGAGGAGAAAACUCUGGGAGAAUAUUCUCUAAGAUCGGUCUCAAAUUUAUUGCUUAAAAAGUUAAUAGAAUUUUAUGAUAAAACCAUAGUUCCUAUUGUGUUAUAAAUUAUUGAUCAAUUACAAUAACAAUAAGAUUGGAAAUAAUAAGAAAUUGCUGUCAUUUGUCUUGGAUUGUUUGCAGAAAAAAUAAUGGAGAAUCAUGCUAAUCUCGUACCAAAUAUAUUAAUGUCCUUAUUUCAAGAAAAAAAUUAAUAAAAUGAAUAUAUUUAUGCUUCUACAUUAUGGACCUUCUCAUAGUAUAAUGAGUGGAUUAAAACAGUAGCUAUCAAUGAGACUCAAUUUAUAUAAUCCUAUCUAAAAUUAUUAUUGAUCUCUAUUGAAAAUUAAUCAAUGUAUAAAAUUAAUUGUAUCUCUUAGAAUAGUAAAGGAAUCUGCUUGCUCUGCAUUGAAUUCAUUAUCAAAGGAUGCUUUUUUUAUAUUAUAACCAUACUUACUAGAUUUAUUCUAAGUUUAUUUAAAAGCCCUAUCUCAAAAAGGAGGAGUAUUAUUGUACAUAUAUUAAUCAAUAACCACAAUACUGGCUGAAUGUGAAACUAUUGAGAACUAGGAAUUAAUAGAUUUAAUAAUGACUAAACUGAUUAGCAAUUUAGUAGAUUUAAAUGACUAUAACAUUUGUCCACUUUAUGGUAUUUAAUACUUUCUAUACUUGUAGAAUGUUUGGCAGAAGCAGUUGAAAAAUUUGGAUAAAGAGCAUUAAAAUAUAUUCCUGUUAUUUAUUAAGCAUUAGUGUAAUCUAUGAAUGGUUAUGUGCAAUCAAUAUAGAAUGGAAAGACAAGACUUUUGUAUUAAUAAAAGGAAAUUCUCAAGAGAUCUUUUGAUGUGUGCAUUAAAAUAAUCAACAUCACAAAAGAGAGUUUCUUAGAAUUAUGUGAUCAGUCAUUCUUAUAAAUUGUUGAUCUCGCUUUAUAAGACUCAGAAACUGAUGUUAAGCAAUAUGCACUUUCUUUGAUAGGUGAAUUAAUUAAAGAUUGCUAUACAAUUUUCAAAAAUGUCAAUAUUGCUAUUGCAUUGUAAUAAGUUAUAUUUAAUUUAGAAAUGAAUACAUCUAUGCUUAAUCUAUAAGCAUUGAUCCUUCUAAGUUAUUUCUAGCUACUUCCAAUAAUGCUGCCUGGGCAUUGGGGGAAUUGGCUAUGAAAGACCCAGCAAAAGUUACAGUUAUCUUUAAUGCAGUUAUGGAAAAAUUGAUAAAAAUAAUAAAUGAACCAAAAUUUCCGAAAUCCAUUGCAUAGAAUUUAUGUAUUGCAAUAUGCAGGAUUGCUGGAUCACAUAUAUAGUAAAUCGAAGAGUUCAUUCCCAGUUUUUUUAAACGAGUAUGUUUAAUCCUUAGUUAAAUAAAGAGUCAAUCUUUAGAUGAAUACAAAGAGGAAUCGUUUAAGUAUAACAAAUAUUAAUGUAUAGGAUCCUCAUUAAUAUAGUAAAGAUGUAUCCAGGAAGGGUGAUAAACGACAUCAAGUAUUUUGUGUAUUGUAUUGUUGCCUCUACAGAGUUCCCCUCUAUAAAACCUCUUUUUGUGAAUAUUUUAUAAGAAUUGUAACAGUCUUUUGGAUAACAAAAAUUUGAUAGCAUGUUUAGUAGUGAUGACUUGCCUAAUGGAUUUAGGAUGAAAAUGAUCAAUAUUUAUGGUGUGUGA